UCUCUCUCUCUCUUUCUUUUUUUUUAAAAAUAAAAGAGAUUAGAAGAAACAUUCCUAUCUCGUGUUUUCGAUCUCUCAGCUGUGUGAGCCAUAUCUCAAUUCUUCUUGCGGCCAUUUUUUUGGGUUAGUCUGAUCUCGGCUUUCAUUCGCGGGCAAUCAACAACUACAAUCAGCUAAGCUUGCAACCGACAGUUAGAGAGGAUAAUUUCCUGCUUAUGCUAGAUCUAGUUAGUAUGGGCAUCCCCUCAUCCUCAUCAUGGCAAUAAUAAUGAAGGCUUAGUUAGAUACAGCAUUUCUCCUUCCCUGGCGAAGUUUAUGUGUUGACCUCUGAUCAGUUUCCAUAAUGGCCACAAACCCAAACCACCUCCAACUCAAAAUUCAUGCAAAUCUUUUACUUGUGUUCUGGUUUUUCCUCCCAUCCACGCCUCUGAGGGUAGAAACCCAAGCCCUUCUGGAAUUCAAAAAGCAUCUCAGUGACCCAUUGAAUGUCUUGGGUUCAUGGGAAGAUACGGAAAGCCCCUGCCGUUUUUACGGCAUCACGUGUGACCCAAUAACCGGUUUGGUUACAGAGAUCUCGCUUGAUAACCAGAGUCUUUCGGGGGUGAUAUCAACCUCGGUUUCUUUGCUUCAAAACCUCACAUCUCUGGUGCUCCCAUCGAAUGCCUUGUCAGGAGUUCUCCCCACUGAACUGACCAAUUGUACCAAUCUCAGAGUCUUGAAUGUCACUGGAAACAACAUGAAUGGCACCCUCCCUGAUUUAUCAAAGCUGGCCAGCUUAGAGGUUCUUGACUUGUCCAUCAACUAUUUUUCUGGAGAAUUCCCAUCUUGGGUUGCAAAUCUUACUGGUCUUGUCUCGUUAGGCCUUGGCGAAAAUGAUUUCAACGAGGGGGGAAUUCCGGAGAGCAUUGGGAACUUGAAGAAACUAACAUGGCUUUACCUGGCCGGUUCAAAUUUGGUAGGAGAAAUCCCAGAGACUAUUUUCAGCUUGGAGGCAUUGCAGACAUUGGAUAUCUGCAGGAAUCACAUCUCUGGAAGUCUCCCGAAGAUGAUAGGCAACAUGACAAACCUCUACAAAAUAGAACUCUAUAGCAAUAAUCUGACGGGCGAGCUUCCUCCUGAACUUGCAGCGCUCACCCUCUUGGAGGAGUUUGAUGUUUCUGAUAACCAGAUGCAUGGUACGCUUCCUCAAGCCCUUGAAUCCCUGAAAAAGUUGACCGUUUUUCAGGUGGCGAGAAACAACUUCUCAGGAGUAAUCCCUCAAGGAUUUGGCAACAUGCAGCAUCUCAUUAGCUUUUCCGUAUUCGAGAACAGCUUUUCUGGUGAUUUCCCAGAAAAUCUCGGCAGGUUUUCACCACUGAGGAGCAUAGACAUUUCUGAAAAUCAAUUUUCUGGUGGAUUCCCAAAACACUUGUGUCAGAAUGGUAAGUUGCAGUAUUUGCUUGCGGUGGAGAAUAGAUUUACUGGGGAGUUCCCAGAUGCUUAUGCUGCAUGCACGCCUUUGGAGAGGUUGAGAGUCACUCAGAAUCAGCUCUCUGGAAAAAUCCCCGAAGGGGUAUGGGCCCUUCCAAACGUAAAAAUGAUUGAUUUCAGUUAUAAUGGUUUCAUUGGACAAAUUUCCCCUCGGAUAGGAUCUGCUACAAACUUGAACCAGUUAUUUCUGUCAAACAACAAAUUCUCAGGUUGGCUGCCAAAAGAAGUUGGAAAUCUCUCUCUCUUGGAGAGGCUUUACUUGGACAACAAUGGUUUCUCUGGCUUGUUACCAUCCCAACUUGGUUUGUUAAAGCAAAUGACGUCCUUGCAUCUGGAGAAAAACUCAUUCAUUGGACCAAUCCCUGUGGAAUUAGGUGACUGCCAUAGGUUGGCAGAUAUAAAUCUUGGUUAUAAUAAGCUAAGUGGUGGCAUUCCCGACUCCCUCACAGUGAUGCCCUCCUUGUUGAACUCCCUAAAUCUCUCAAACAACAAGCUGACCGGCUCAAUUCCAACAAGCUUAGGCGGCCUGAAACUCUCUUCAAUUGAUAUGUCCAACAACCAGCUAUACGGAGAAGUUCCUUAUGAUCUGUUGAUGAUGGGAGGAGACAAGGCAUUCCUUGGUAACAAGGGACUUUGUGUUGAUCAAAAUAUAAAAACUGAAAUAAACACGGAGCCCUUAGGUGUUUGUGGUUGGAGUGCCACUCACCACAACAGACUCAUUAACAGCAAGAUACGUGUUCUCUGCAUUGCAUUUCUAUCCGCAACUGUCCUCUUGGUGGGGUUAUUGGUUGUGAGCUAUUGGAACAGCAAUAUGCACGGAGAGGCGGAUGUUAUAAAACAAAUUGGGGAAGCCACGGGAGUGGACCCGAAAUGGAAGCUUGAGAGCUUCCAUCCUAUAGAGUUUGAUGCUGAUGAAAUAUGUGGCGUGGACGAGGAGAAUUUGAUUGGGAGUGGAGGCACAGGAAAAGUCUAUCGUCUGGAUUUGAAGAAAGGUUGUGGCACUGUAGCAGUGAAGCAACUGUGGAAAGGAGAUGGAGUGAGAGUUCUAGCCAGAGAGAUGGAGAUUCUGCGGACGAUCAGGCAUAGAAAUAUAGUGAAACUCUAUGCAAGUGUAAUGAAUGGAGGUUCAAAUUACUUGGUUUUUGAAUACAUGGCAAAUGGCAAUCUUUUCAAAGCACUUCACCGCAAGAUCAAACUUGGGAAGCCAGAGUUGGAUUGGGAUCAGAGGUAUAAAAUUGCACUAGGAGCUGCUAAAGGAAUAGCUUAUCUGCACCAUGACUGUUCUCCUCCUGUUAUUCACAGAGAUAUCAAGUCCACCAACAUUCUUCUUGAUGAAGCUUAUGAGGCCAAAGUUUCAGAUUUUGGUGUUGCAAGAACUUCUGAACUUUCACAAAGAGGAUCUGACCUCAGCUGUUUUGCAGGAACUCAUGGUUACAUGGCUCCCGAGAUGGCCUAUACACUUCGGGUGACAGAGAAAAGUGAUGUGUACAGCUUUGGUGUUGUGCUUUUAGAACUGGUAACAGGAAGAAAUCCAAUAGAUGAUGCUUAUGGAGAAGGGAAGGACAUAGUCUACUGGGUCUCAACGCAUUUAGAAGACCGUGAAAGUAUUCUGAGAAUUCUUGAUCCUGAUGUAGUUUCAGAACUAGUCCAGGAUGACAUGAUUAAAGUCCUGAGGAUAUCCACAAUCUGCACCACAAAGCUACCAAAUCUUCGGCCGACAAUGAAAAAUGUUGUCAGAAUGCUUGUUGAUGCUGAGCCCUCGGAACUCAAGUCUCCUGGGAAUCAUGACAAAACAGGGAAGCCCCUCUAGUAUAAGAUUCCUUGUGUGAGCGCGUGUUUGUGUGUGUCUACAAAUAGAUAUAUAGACACAUUUCAUUUCAAUUCCAGGUUGGAUCUGUUAAUUAGUACCAUGUAAUAUACUCCGUAUUGUUUAUUAUGUGUGCCACAAGAAUGUAGAAUUGUGAAAAGAAUUGAUAAUGAUUCAACUAACAUACAGCUGUCAAUCAAAACACACUAACAGU